AGCUACUGAAAACGAAAAGAAGGACUAGAUUGAUUGAAAAAACGAAAGAUAUUUGCCGAGAUUGUAAAUAUGGAGCAGUACAAAACUAACGGGAGAGAAAUCAACAAGAAGUACUGUUCAUUUACAGAUAAAUUCCCGAUAAUGUUGCCCCCUGCUCCCAAACAAACAUACAUUGAUGUUUACUUAGAAGGGGAUGGAAGUUCCAGCAGCCAAUUUGACCAAGACAAGCGCCUGCAGGCUGAUUAUGAAACCGAGGUAACAGCAUACCGUUCUUUAGAGAUCUUGGAUGAAAACAUUAUAGUGUUGCAUGGGUUUGAAUUCACUCAUCACCAAUUCCGACUAUGGGACGUCAACCAUAAAAGAGGGUCUUGUUCUAAAUGUAAAAAAGCUGCAAACAGAGAUGGAGAAUGUGAUUUUAUCGUUAUCGGGAAGAACUAUUCAGUGGUUAUAGAGGUGAAAAACUUACCUCACGAUGAAAAUCAGGAUGUAACAACGGACAAAGAAAAAUUACUUAAAGGCUUGUUUCAGAAAUCACAGAAGCAACGAGAAAGAACGGAAUGUUUGAUUGCCAGCAUUGUGAAGCAAGUGUUCGGAGAAACCACCCCGGAACAACACAGAAUACUGACUUUCUCUGCUUUUCCAAACACUCACAUAAGUCUAUUGCAGAACAUGGAUGAAGACCACAAAAAGCAGAUGAUAUGCCAGGAGGACUUCCGUAACUUCACUGGCUGGUGGGGUAGAAAUGUAACGAAAUUAAUCUCUGACAAUGUUGGAGAUGAAAUCAGCCUUAAUAAACACGAAACAGUCAAAGAAAUACUGUUGGCUAUAUGGUGUACUGAUAAGAACAAGUGUGAUCAACUCAAGUGUAGUUUAGGUAGAUGCGUCGAGGAGAUUGAUGCAGAGUUGAGGAAAGGGAAUAUUACAUUUUCGAGCAAGAACCGGGCACCGAAUCCUAACGUGAUAAAAGCAACUGAUGUAAAAGCUGCGAAUUUAAGGAACGGUCUCAACAUAUUUAGAGAUAUUAUCGGGAUACAGAACUUAACUGUGGAACAAGUUAACGCUUUUAAUAGUGACCAGAACUUCUUGUUUAUCAGCGGACCUGCAGGUUCCGGCAAGACUGUCAUAUUGUUGGCAAAGAUCAUACAAUUGAUCAAAUCUUGGAAAUCGAAUGAAAAGAAUGAAGUUUUGUUGUUUAUUUAUGGGGAAGUUAAGGACACGUUUUGUUAUGUAGACGCUCUACAGAAAGCUGAUAUCAGUUAUAGAGUGUAUAAACAUGAUCGAGUACAGGAUAAUGCGCAGGAAAACCAAGUUCAGAUAAUUGAGAUGCCGGUUAAGGGAACUUUACCUUUUCAGUUAGACGAUGUACUUCGAGGAUUAAAGAGAUCAAGUAAAAGACACCUGUUUGUGGAUGACUUUCAAUCUGCAUUGUAUAAUAACUAUACCUCAAGGCCAAAAGCUCUACUCAAAAUAUUGAGAGACAUAUCCGUUACUAGCCCGAUCUGGAUGACAUGUGAUUUGACUCAAAUAAACUGGUACCCUGGUUAUCAAAACAGUAAUAUCAUAAGCACAGUACCAGGUCUUCAUCGAAGAGAUGCCCUCUAAAAGUUUAGUUUAUUUGUCGCUAAAUCUGAGAAAUACGUUUGAUAUAGCUGGCAUACUAUUUAAGAUAAGAAAAAACUUAUCGGAAGAGUACAGGAACAUGAUUUACCCGCAUCUGAAACCCGGUCAUUACAUACACGGGCCCCAAACUGUUAUUCAUGUUCUUGAGCAGAGAGUUACCAAUACCAAUAUGACUUUGAUCUACAGAAUGGUGAAUAGAGAACUAGAUAAACUUUGUGAGAUAGGUUUCUCAAGCGGGUUGAAAGUUGGUGCUGUGGAAAGUGCUACACUGAGGUCGAGUUCCAGUUCAGUACUAAAAAAUGUAAAAGAAAAACGAGUAUCUAAUGACAUGAUAGAGUACUGUGAUACUAUGUCUUGUAAUUCAGCUGAGUUCCCAGCAGUUUUGGUGGUAUACGAUGUUUUUGUAGGAGGAAUAGGGUCUCUCUAUCUGGCGGUAUCAAGAGCAAGAGUGUACUCUACUGUUAUAUUGCACUCUUCAUAUACUAAUCUAUCAGAAUGUCAAAAUAUUAAUAAUUUGUUACGUGAACUUGGUGCAGAUGAUUCUGUAAGAAUAAUAUUAUACAACUAAUGCCAGCGGUUCUCAUUGAUUUUUAAAUAUAAUAAAAAAUUCAAAUUCAGAAAUUAUUUCAAGUGUUUAUUAUAUCAUUAUAAUUUGUAUCAACUGCCGUUGAUGUAAUCAUUUUAUGAAAAGCCCGAAUGAAUAGCAUCG